AGAAGGAAGAAGUUGAAAAUAAAUAGUUGGCAACACUGGGUGAAGAAACGAGAGGAUUGUAGGAAAAUGGCAGAUCAUGGAAAUAAGUGUUAUGUUCCAGGCUGUAAAGCGGGUGUGAGGACUUUUCAUACCCUUCCGUCAGAGAAGAAAUGUCAACAGGCGUGGUUGAUGUUUAUUUACAAUCGGAUACCGCAACACUUUAAUGCGAAGUUGUUAGUUUGCUCUGGCCAUUUCACCACGGACUUAUUCUCUAACCUGGGACAAUAUCAAGCCGGCUUCUCUCAGCGUCUCACACUGAAGAAGGGGGCAGUUCCAACUAUAUCCCCGCGAGCGAGUGCACCACAGCGCUUGCGCACUAAUGAUGUCGGCUGCCAAACAGAUCCUGUGGUCCUGAGUAUUGGAACACGGUCUCUGAACACAAUGAGCUCCCACCUUCGAAGCAAAGGUAAUGUUAAAGGCACACAGACGACAGUGCCAUCUCAAAGUGUGGCGGUAGGCACCACAACUACUGAAAUAGAUCCAUUUACAUCAGCACCACUGAAGGCUUCGAGGCCUGCCAAAAGACCCCGUGUUGAAUUUGAAGAGGAAAUAUUCCCCAUUUCCGUGUCCUCCUCCGAGACUGAUCCACAAGCACGGUCUGUUACAGCCGAGACAGAAUCACCACACGUUUUUGCCACAUCAAUGCCAUUCCACAAGGAUGCAAAGUACAUUGUUUUUGAGAACUGUCUCCUCAGCCUGUUCGAGAGUUGUCCCGUUUGCUCCAGGGCUUGUGAUGUCUGCCCACGCAGAAGAGGAACGUUUAUAUCCAUCGCCCAGCUGUGCGCUUCCUGUGGGUUCUCCAGGCGGUGGCGGAGCCAGCCGGUGAUCGGCAGCUCUCCCGCGGGUGACCUUCAGCUGUCCGCCGCCGUCUAUUUCAGCGGAGCUUCCUUCCUCAACAUGCAAAAGGUGUUCAGGGCGAUGCACCUGAAAACGCAUACAUAUGAUGCUUUUAGAAGACAUGCCAGGACAUACCUUGAGCCUGCAAUCAUAUACAAGUGGAGCGAGGAGCAGAAUCUGCAACGGCGCGACCUGAGCCGCAGCAAGAACGUCAUUCUCGCUGGAGACAUGCGGGCAGACUCGCCAGGACAUUCUGCAAAAUAUGGGAGCUACACUAUGAUGGACUUGCAGACCAACAACAUAAUAGACAUACAGCUGGUGCAGAGCAGCGAGGUUGGGGGAAGCCGCCGCCGCAUGGAGACGGAGGGCCUUCGAAGAAGCUUGGACGUCCUGGAGGAAAGCGGUGUAAAGUUGGACUGCAUUGUGACUGACCGUCACCCUCACAUACUAAAGUUUUUAAAGGAUCGUAAAAUUAACCACUAUUAUAACGUCUGGCACAUGGUGAAAGGAUUGUCAAAGAAGCUAGAGAAAAUUUCCAGAGCGAAAGGCUGUAGUUUGGUGAAGAAGUGGCAUAAGAGCAUCGCCAACCACCUGUACUGGUCUGCCAGCGGCGCUGAUUCGGGACCGGAGAAGGUGGCCAAGUGGACCUCUAUCAUGAACCACAUUCAGGACAUUCAUACACACUCUGACCCAGCAUUCCCUCGCUGUCAACAUCAACAAAGAGUGUCUAAGGACCGCAGCAAGUGGUUUCAUCCAGGUUCAACCGCACUGAACAAGCUUCACAGGGUCCUGAUGAACGAGAGAGUCCUGUCAGAUGUAGAGAAGCUGAGUCCACAUUACCAGACAUCAACUGUGGAGGCGUUUCACAAAGUCAUCUCGCACUUUGCACCGAAACAUGUUGUCUUCCCCUUCACUGGAAGGCUAUGCAGGCUGUACCUUGCAGCGAUGCACUAUAAUGAGAACGCUGUCCGGCCACAAGUGAGCACAUCUGAAGGGAAACCUCUCUUUCCACAGGGAGGACACGCAGGAAAAACAGAGCCAACAUUUUGCUAUGUCAUGAACUUGAUGAAUACUGUUUUUGAAGAGGUUGUCUGUGAUCCCCUUCCGUAUCUGGAUGGCGUACAGCAGAUUCCUGUGCCGGCGGACCGCUCUUCUCGGCAUGGCAGACCCUCCAUGGAGGAAGCCGUCGCUCGGCGUGUCACGCUUCAGUCAAGGGUCUGAAUCCGCAUCCUGCGUCCGGAAACAUGAUGGGGUGACGACACGUACACUUCGACUAAGGAAACCCCAUCACUGCCUGCAGAGAGACAAACUUUGUGUGUUUUAGUAUUUAUUUUGUCCACAGGUCAUUAUGGGUCACUGCUGAGACACAAUAAACGUGUCACAUCAAUAAGUAUCUGUCAUUAUUGCAUGUUUCUUCUUUUAUAACAUACAUCAUACGGCAUGGCUGUGCAAUUCAUUAAACUCAUGAUGUAAUGGAUGUAACAGAGCCCAAUUAUAUUUACACAAAACUCUGACUCUGACAUGUUUGCAUUUUGCAAAGAAUAUAUAUUGAGCCACACAGGUUGAAGGGCUGGAUGGUCUGUCAUGCAUGAUAUCAUAUUAAGCACCUGUCUUAUUCUUCUUGUGACCUGCAAAGGAAAAAAAAAUCAUAAUGGCACUGUUAUUUACAGUAAUCUUUCAUACUUUGGGAGUAGCAGAACGUGCACACAUAUGUUGAAUACAUUUCCAUGACAUCACUUGUCAUGCGGUAUAUAACCUUUCAUAUCAUUAUGAUUUUUGGUAUAUAUUUUAUAGUUUUCUCAUGAUUUUAUAUCAUUUUAUUUAUUGGUUUGUUAAAUACAAACACUAUUACUGUUUUUACCGAAUUAUGUUUAAUUCAGAAUCUCUUCAGUUAAAGCCAAAGGGCAUACUGUUGUGCGCUCAAGUGGACAUCUCAAGGUCUUUUUAAAAUGUGUGGGUCCAUUUGUUAAUAAUUCAUGCAUGAAAGGAUUGAUUAAAAAGGACUUUGUUUUCUG